UUUUAAUUUUUGAAUAGCAUAUGAAGACUGUUUAUGCUAAACUAGAGUCAUUUUAAGUGAAUUGCAUUAUCGGGCAAAAAAGAAUCAAAUAUCUUGAAAAUGUCACAGCUUUGGCAGCACCCCUAUGUAAAUGUUUUUAAACAUCUUGAUGUGGCAUCAUGGAAGAAAGCUACAAAAGAGGGGGAUGUCAGUGCUAUCAUGGACAAAACCAUCAAAUGUACUGUGUACAAGAUAACUGGUUCCAUCCCUGCUGGGAACUACAUCCAGUUACCAAAGCUACAGACCCAGUCCUUGGGACUUACAGGAAAAUAUAUCUACAUUCUGUUCAAACCUAUUCCAACAAAGUACUUUGUGGUGCACAUUGAUGUGGCUACACAAGACAAUCUAGUUGUCAGAAUCUCAUUUUCAAAUUUGUUCAAAGAAUUUAAGUCAACAUCUACAUGGCUCCAGUUUCCCUUUCUUUGUAACACUCCUAAAGGAUCUGUUCAUUCAUUAGCAGCCCGUGGAAGUAAAGAUCAUGGUGGUGUGGCUCCAUUGGCUACUAGAUGGACAGUUUUAUGUAUGGACUUUAGCCAUGUCUUGUCAUUAUAUCUGAACAGAAAAUUCUCCUACCUAAAAAGUGUCAGACUUUGUGCCAACAUGAUGGUCAAAAAUAUUUUCACCAGUGAUAAUCUGUAUGAACCAGGUCUCACAGUGGAGAAAGCAAAGAAGGCUGGUCUGCUGGGUAAAGGAUUAAACCCUAUGUGUAGAGAAAUGUCCUUCCCGACCCAAAGAGGUGAAAACUGGAAUGAUCUGUAUGAUUUCAUCAGAUUUCCAAAUGACAGCACAAAGAAACCCUUUGAUUCAAUACAGUUUUCUGAUGACCCAGACAUCAGACAAGAUGUUCCCAGUGAAUCUGAGCCCAAGAGAGUGGCAUCUCGUACAGUAAAUGUCAGUCAGUGCGUCUCUGAUAGGGUGACCAUGAUCAACAAAAUCACACAACCAAAACAGAAAAUGAAAUGCCAUAAGGUGACCAGUGAACUUCCUUUUGUUGGGGUGGAUGAUGUUAGUAUUGUACAGGACUCAGCAGGGGAGGUCCAUGUGUUUGCCCAUCCUGAGGAGGAGGUGCUGGUUCACCAGGAGGAUCCAAAAACUGGAAAGCCAAGACAAAUUACCAAAGUAUCCACAGGCUCAUAUUUACAGCCCAAAAAUCCGGAUUGUAAGAGUCUUGAACCAGACCCGAUCCUGCGGCUAAAAAGAAUAGUGGGAUUUGGUGGCUGCUCCUUUAGGGAUGCACUUUGGACGUCUGAUGGAUCUACUGUUAUCUACCCAUGUCAUGCUGUUGUCGUAGCAAUGAAAGUAAACAAUGGCCACCAGAGAUUCUUCAUUGGUCACACAGAUAAAGUGUCCUGUAUAGGAUUGAAUGGUGCUGGAACUCUGCUGGCUUCAGGACAGACAGGUCCUCUCAGUGUUGUCAGACUGUGGAAGUUUGACACAGGGGAAUGUAUGGCCAUGACAAAGACACAUGCCCAUUCACUUCACUCUCUCAGUUUUUCUCAUAGAGGCAGUACUCUUUGUGGAGUUGGAAAAGAUAACCAUGGAAAGAAUAUGGUUGUGAUUUGGAACACGUCAAAAGUCAUGAAGAGCCGCGAGAUCAGUGUGAUGGCUAAAGCACACUCUGAUGUAGAUAUCUCAAGAAUGAAAAUUGCUGCAUUUGAUGAUACUAGAAUGGUGUCAUGUGGGCGGGACAAUGUGAGGUUAUGGAGGGUCAAAGAAGGUCAACUGAGAUCAGCACCUGUCAAUCUUGGGGAGUAUCAUCUGAUGGAGUUCACUGAUGUCUGUUUUGAGGCAGGUUAUCAUGCUGAUAAAGACCCAGCAGACAGGAUAGUUUAUGCAUGUAGUAAGACAGGUCAUGUGUUUGAGAUUGACCUUCAGAAAGUAACCAUUAAACAUGUACGCAGACUGCUGCCAAAUGAAAAUAAGGCAAGCAAAGACAAGCAAAAAGGCACAGGACUAGCGAUAAACUGUAUGAGUGUUAAUGAGACUUUCUGUGUCAUGGGGUCAGAUGACGGAUACUUGAGAUUGUGGCCGUUGGAUUUUGAGCAUGUGUAUCUUGAAGCUGAACAUGAAGGCCCAGUAACGGCUGUUGACUUCUCAGCAGAUGGAAUGAAAAUUCUUGCAGGAACUUCCACUGGUAACUUAGGUAUAUUAGACAUCUCCACCCGUGGAUACACCACUGUCAUGAGGUCCCACACAGGGAGGAUUUCUGGGGUAGCAGUGGACCCCUAUAGGAAACACAUGGCCACUGUGUCCAGUGACUUCACCAUCCGAGUAUGGGACUCAGAAACCCUACAACAACUGUAUGAUUUUAGUGCUCCUAAUGAAUGUCCAUGUGCCAUUGCCUACCAUCCAUCUCGCCAGAUAUUUGCCUGUGGUUUUGAGAGUGGAGUUGUCCGUGUGUUCAAUGUCCAAACUACCAGCAUGCUAGCUGAGCACAAACAGCAUCGUGGUAAGAUUAUAGGUCUGGCCUUCUCCCCAGUUGGGGACUUUUUGUACAGUGCCUGUUCCCUUGGCUCCAUGUCUCUGUAUGAUGCUGAAUCUGACCGUUACACUUUACUGAGACUGUUAGCUAACACAGUCGUCAGGACAGAAAGACUGGGACCAGAGGCCAUUGCAGUGAGUCCUGAUGGAAGAAGAGUGGCUUUCAUUGGGCCGUCGGAGUUUACAGUUUGUGUGGCUGAUGCUAAAUCCUUAAGUGAGGUACUGAGGAUUGACAUUUCUAGUAGCAGUUCCUGUGACUCCAAGUCUGAUAAUCUGGACUCAGCUGAGCGAGUUUACUUCGCACCUGAGAGUGUGGGGCAUCUCCUGGUAACAACAGCCAAUAACAAACUCCUCAAGUUUGAUGCCAAGUCUGGCAGACUGCUCUCGGAGAUUGGAAACAUCCAUCGCAGUGGCUGCAGUUGUCUGGCAGUCUCAGAGACGGGGCGCUAUCUUGUGACCUGUGGGGACAAAGUUAUCAAAGUCUGGGAUUACAACAUGAAAUUGGAUAUUAACUUUCAGGUUUUCAUUGGCCAUUCCGAAAAUGUGAGCAAGGUGAUCUGGACUCCAGAUGGGAAAAAUGUCCUCAGUGUUGGAGAAGCCAUUUAUUUGUGGGACUUCAUGGCUUUCAGACCCCCUUCACCACCUAAUGAAGGAAGGCAAGUGAGGGAAACAAGUUUUCCAGCUUACCCUCAACCAGAAAGAGUUGGUGACAGCCUACAUGAUCUAAGUAAAAGCCUGACUGAUACAUACCUAGAUAUGCCUCGCAGAACCCCACCCAGACCAAUGCGACCUACAAGUGCAGGGUCACCAGGUCGUAUUGCUGACCUUCACCCUCCAAGGUCACUUGGGUCAUCACCAGGACGAGUAGCAGACCUGAGUUCAAUACACAAAGUCUAUGAUGAUACUGUCAGUAGUUCUGUACUAGCAGAUAGAACAUCAGAAAGGAACAUUAUGAUAGACCAGAAAAGUGAAUGUGAUUCUAUUGAAAUAUUACCUAAAAAGAAUAUGCCACAAAAUUCAUCAGAUUCAUAUCCAACGUUGCAUUCUGCAGACAACAGUCGACAAAAUACCCCAUCCAAGAUCCAAACAAAGAGAGCUUUUGGCAAGCGACCAGAAAGUAAUUCUCCUAUUGGGGAACCAGUCAAACCUAUGUGUACUAAGCACUUUCUAGCCAGGAAGAAAGAAUAUGGUCUUGCUCAGAGGCGAUACACAGCUCCACCUAACCAGGCUGGAGUAAAACUGAAGUCUGUGAUUGGCUAUAAUGGUAAUGGCCGUGGUAACAUGGUGUGGCAUCCUGACACAGGUCUUUUCAUCUAUACAUGUGGUGCUAGUAUUAUUAUUGAAGACUUAGAUUCUGGCAAGCAGAACUUUUUAAUGGGUCACACUGAAGAAAUAUCAACAUUAGCUAUUCAGAAUGAUUGUCAAGUGUUGGCAUCUGCCAGUGGGUCAUUUGGAAUCUCCCCCAGCCAGAUUUGUAUCUGGGAUCUACAGCAGCAAGUGUGUAGGAAAGUGCUUAGUCACCAUGAACAUAACAUUGUGUGUCUGGACUACUCCAGGGAUGACCGAUUUCUUAUAUCUGUUGGGGACUAUCAGGACUGCUGCAUUGUGGUCUGGAGUACACUUAAUUACGAAAUCCUGACAACGUCCAGAACAACCACAGCCAUCCAUGAACUGAGAUGGGAUCCUUUCUCUGUUAACGAGUUUGUGUCGGUAGGGCAGGGGGGAUCUGUGCUCUUCUGGCUUCUAGAUGAAACAAGAAAUAAUGCAUGUCUCAAUGUUCAUGAGGCAGAUGUGCCAGAGGAGUUGUUGCAGAAACAGGGGAGUAAUAAUGUUGUUGAGUUCACAUCCCUGGAUUUCUCUGGUGACAGCACCUUGUAUAUCUCCACAAACAAUGGUAAAAUGUCUGCCUGGGACACCAGACACAACACAUGCUUCAUGCACUGGGAGGCAGACAACUCCGAAAUAGGGAUUGUGGUCUGUAGAAAUGGACGCUUGUUGACAGGCAGCGUGGGUAAGAAUCUUCGAAUUUGGUCCUUGACUGGGGUCAGUGAUAUGAGGACAGGGGAUGGUCCGAAUGUGCCCAGUGGUGGUCUGACUAUGGAAGACGAAAUGAACCUUGAUGGCUCAGUGGUGGCAGCAUCUUUUGAUGAAGCUCUUGAUAUGGGCAUUGUGGGAACAAGCUCUGGAACUCUGUGGUAUAUUAACUGGCCUGAGAGGGAGAGCAUCAGGCUCGUCUCAAGUCAUGUACAAAAGAUAAACAGUUUGUCAAGCUUUGGGAGCGAACACUUGGCCUCCUGUUCUGAUGAUGGAACACUCAGACUGUGGAGUGUUGGCAGUAGAGAGCAAGCCCUCCAGUUUCAGGUCCUAAACCAGAAAUGUACCUGUUUAGCAUUUGCUCCUGGAGAGAUUCCUGCAGAAGAUGAUGAAAAGAGCAAAGUGAUCUUGCCUUUAGUGGUGGCAGGAUACAGUGACGGCACAGUCAGGAUGUUUGACAUCAAUAAAGAGGAGAUGGUCCUUAAGAUGCAUCCUCAUGCUGUCUCUGUUACUGCUAUCAGUUUCUCCUCUGAGGGGAGAAUGAUAAUUUCUGGAGGAAGUGAUGGCUUGAUUGCUGUAAGUAGUCCCACCACUGGAAUGACUGUUAGGGUCAUCAGUGACCACAAGGGGGCACCUAUCACAAACAUAGAUGUCACUACUAGGCAGGAGGUGGAUUCCCCUGUGUCUGUCCCAUACCUGUGGUUGGCUACCAGUGCUGAUAGGCGUGUCAGUGUCUGGUCGUCUGAUUGGACCAAGGAUUUCUGUGAGCUUGUUGACUGGCUGACAUUCUCUGCCCCAGCAUUUAUGCCUGAUGGAUCAGUGGUGUCCAAUAAAGACAAGAAGUCCUGUGAAAAACUGCCACCAUCCUUAGCUAAAUUCUCAACAGAAGAAGAUGAUGUACUGGUUUAUGUGGGCUAUGGAAUGCAGAAAUGUAUUCAGUUUUACAGCUUAUCACAAAGAAAGGUGAUAAGGACAGCACCUUUGACCCACUGGCCAAACUCUCUGGACAUAGCUGAGGGAACACCUUUAAUAGCAGUAGGAGUUAACGAGCGCCUGGUCAAGUUGAUAGAUUAUUAUGAAGGUAGCUUCCAGGAUUUCGUGGGCCAUUGUGACUCCGUCAAUUUUCUACAAUUUUCCCAGGAUUCAAGGCACCUGUUUUCUGUUUCUCAUUCAGAAAUAUUUAUCUGGGAGGUCACGGUAUGAGACCUGACUAUAAACAUUCAGUAUCUUACAGCAUGUUGCUGUUUCACUCAUUUCUCAAAACUGAUGAAACUGUUUGUGUUUAGCAUUUCAUUAUUAGAAAACAUUUUGCUACAGCAUGGAAUUUUUGCAUAAGAAGUUAUUUUUUAAAGAAUCAAUAAUGUUUAUGUAUAUGUAUAUAAUAUGUUAUUUAGUAUACAUUGUAUAUUUAUU